AUGCCGCCGAAAAAGAAAACCGCCGACGACGGCGCCGACGACGUCGGCGCGGCCAAGUUCGGUCGCGUGCGAAACAACCUUCGCAUGGGCAUCGUCGGCCUGCCCAACGUCGGCAAGUCGAGCCUGUUUAACAUCUUGACCGAGCAAUCCAUCGCGGCGGAGAACUAUCCAUUCUGCACCAUCGACCCGAAUGAAGCGCGGUGCCCGGUCCCUGACGCGCGAUACGAUCGAUUAGUCUCCAUGUGGAAGCCCGCGAGCGAGUAUCCAGCGUUUCUGAGCGUGACCGACAUCGCGGGCUUGGUGCGAGGCGCGUCUUCGGGCGCUGGCUUGGGGAACGCGUUCUUGAGCAACAUCAUGGCGACGGAUGGCAUAUUUCACGUGGUGCGAGCGUUCGACGACCCGGAGGUGGUGCACGUGGAUGAUGAGAUCGAUCCGGUGCGUGAUUUGGAAACCAUCACCGCGGAACUGUGCUUGAAGGAUUUGGAGACGGUGAAGCGGGCGAUCGCGGACGAGGAGCGAGACGUCAAGAAGAACCCGACGAUGAAACUCUCGGCGUUGUUCAAGGACACGAUGGCGCGGUGCACGGAAAUGUUAGAAAAUAACUUGGCGAUUCGAACCGGAGAGUGGAACACGCCGGAGGUGGAGAUGAUUAAAGACAAACUGCCCGCGUUGUUGACCACCAAACCGAUGAUUUAUCUCGUCAACCUGAGUAAACGGGACUACGUACGCAAAAAGAACAAGUGGCUGCCGAAGAUUCACGCCUGGGUGCAGCAACAUGGCGGCGGUAUCAUGAUUCCGUUUUCCGUCGAAUUUGAACAAGAGCUGUUCGAUUUGGGCGACGACGAGUCGCUGCGCUCGGCGUUUUACGAAGAAAACGAAGGCGCGAAAUCGGCGUUGCCAAAGAUGGUGACGCAAGGGUACAAGGAACUGAAUCUCAUGUACUUCUUCACCGCGGGCGAGAAGGAAGUGCGAUGCUGGACCGUGUACAACGGUGCUCUCGCUCCUCAAGCCGCUGGCGUCAUUCACACCGAUUUCGAGAAGGGCUUCAUCAAGGCUGAAGUGUGUUCGUACGACGACUUCGCCGCAAUCGCCACCAAGCCUUCGAUGGCUGAGGUGAAAGAGGCGGGCAAGUACCGCCAAGAGGGCAAGGCGUACGUCGUCAAAGACGGCGACAUCAUCCACUUCCAAAUCGGCCAGCUCACGAAAUCGAAGAAAUAG